AUGGAUUUAGCUGGAUUACUGAAAGAAGCACAGUUUCACGGCGCUAAAAGGCUUUUUGAGAAUAGAUUCAGAUUACUAUGGACAGUAGCAUUGGGAGUACUUUUCAGUUGUUCUGUGACAGUAGUUUGGAUUACCAUAAAGCGUUUCUUGGAGAACCCAACAUUCAUAGUUCGGAUGCAAAGUUCUCAGGAUGUGAUGCCGUUCCCAUCGGUUUGGAUUUGUCCCGAAAUCAGUUUUCCGGAACAUAAAAUGGACGAUUUCGCUAAUAAACUUAAUUACCCAGAAGAUAUAAACGCAAGUUAUUUUAAAAGUAAAUUAAGACAGCUGGCCGCUUUCUACUCGCCCGACGUAGUCUACAAUGUGAGAGAUCUACAAAGAAUCGAAUAUGUAUUGUACUAUAACAACCUGGUGGAUAUGGAGGCUACUGGGAGGAGACUCAUGACGUCGUGCGAGGAAACUCUGAUAAGAUGCCGUUGGAAUAAUGCUGUCGUAAACUGUUCGUCAUUGUUUAUAAUGGAGCUCACUGGGGAUGGCUUCUGUUGUGUCUUCAAUGGUAGGUCGUUGAAAAGAGAGAUGCAAGAAUACGAAAUCCACGCUAAAGUAGAGAAGAAAGUUUUUUUAACUGAACGUUUUGGAUUAUUCAGCGGCCUGAUGCUAGUUGUGAACCAGACGCAGAAACUAGACAGCGUGGACUUGUCUUAUAAAUGGUUGGCUUUACAAAGCAGUCAGCACUUCGUCGAAUCCACAGUCAACGGUACCCCGUUGAACCCAGGCACAGAAAAAUGGGUCAGCUACCACUUCAAGGGCUACCAGAUCGCCGACGACGCUAAGAGCCUCAGCAUUAUUCUGCGCCAAUGUCGUCUCGCAGAGGAGCCCCUGAAAUAUUUCCCAAUAUAUACGAAGGAAUACUGUAUAAUAGAAUGUGAGAUGGAGCGCACUCUAAGGAUGUGUGGUUGUGUACGAAUCGUGCAUCCGAAACGACCUGGCGUUUCGUAUUGCAAAUCUCAAAAUCUUUUCUGUGCUCAGCAUGCGAUGGUGGCAUUUGACAGUAAUGACUGCGACUGUCCACAAGCUUGCGACGUGCCCUCGGAGCAGGUCAUUACCAACACCUUCUAUAUGAAUUCAGAAGUGCAGCCCUUGGAUACAUUUUACAAAGGUUUAGACUUCAACAAAGUGACCGUCGUAAAGAUUUUUGUGCAAAAUCGUGAAACAACCGUCAACACUCGCUGGUCUUACUUCAGCUCCAUUGAUUUGUUCUCUCAGCUCGGUGGUGUCUUCAAUGUAUUCUUCGGCGUAAGCAUUCUCACAGUAUUAGAGCUGAUCCAAUUAGCAUACCAUGCUUUUAAAUCUAUUAGAGCUAAAUACAAAAUAACUGUACAGAACAUUGCAGCUGAGCCGGAAAAUAGUCCAAAUGAUAUACGUAGUCCAAAAACUAAAAAAACACGCUUAAAUAGUAAAGCCAACUAA